AGGCGCCGCGGCGCUGCCAGCGCUGUCCCUGCUCCCGGCCGGCGCCGCGCAGGCAGCUGCGGCUCACGGCAGCGCUGGCUCCGCUCGGCCCGAGCCUGCGGCCGGGGCUCUCUUGGAACUGCAGGAACGUCUCUGUAAAGGGGCGAGAGCGGCUUCGUCGGCCUGCCCGAGGCGCACCCUUUAACCCUUCAGCACGGGGCGCUUCGGCCGUGCCGCGGCGGGACGGGGCAGGGUCCCGGCCGCCUCCCCGCGCUGCCGGGUCGUGCCGGGCGUGCGGCGGGAGUCUCCCGGCUCCAUGUUCAUAUUUGGCGUUGGCCGCCGGUGCCCAGGAAUUUCCCGUCAUGCUCCCCGGGCGGCGGGCCCGUCACUGCGCUCCCGCGGGGCGGGGGGGCCGGGGCCGCUCGCUCGCUCCCUCGGGCCGCUCCCAUGCGCGCUGCGCCGCCGCCGCUGCUCCCCGCGCUCUGCCUGGCGCUGGCGGCCGCCGCAGGAGCCGCAGCUCUUGCCCCUGUUCUUUGCCUCUGGUUUUGUUGGUGAGGAUAUCACAGUGAUGUCUGCAUUCAACCUGCUGCAUUUGGUGACAAAGAGCCAGCCAGUGGCCCUGCGAGCCUGUGGGCUUCCCUCAGUUUUCCGUAACGUGUAUCACCAGAGAUGUACUACUCCAGAAGUCUGUUCACAUGGUCCCAAAGAAAAUAAAAGGUCAUGUAGGGAUAAAAAGGACUGUAAGGUGGUCUUUUCCCAGGAGGAGCUGAGGAAGCGGCUGACACCCCUGCAGUACCAUGUCACUCAGGAGAAGGGGACUGAAAGUGCCUUUGAAGGGGAGUACACACACCAUAAAGCUCAAGGAAUAUACAAAUGUGUUGUUUGUGGAACUCCUUUAUUCAAGUCAGAAACAAAGUUUGACUCCAAUUCAGGUUGGCCUUCCUUUUAUGAUGUGAUCAGUCCUGAUGCAAUUGCUUUCAACGAUGAUUUCUCCUAUGGGAUGCAUCGGAUUGAGAUAUCCUGCAGUCAGAAACACAAACAUCUGGAGAACAUCCUCAGGUAUAACUGCUGGGCAGUACAGAAAAUAUCUGGUGUGAUCUAAAACAGCUUUUUCUUCCCAUGAAAGUACACGUCUGGGACUGGGAAAUUUCAAAGGUCAGUAAUGGUGUAGAGAUCCUUUCACCUCCAGAACUCCACAUUUGCCCUAGGUCUGUAACAGCCAGCUUCCCUGGUGAUUUCUUAGCUGUUCGCUGAUUUUUUUUGUGAAAUUAGUUGCUGCUGGGACCAGUUCACAGAAAUCACUGUGGCAAUGAUGCUACAGCUGGUGAGGAGAUUGAAUUCCUUGCUGUAAGAACAGUUGGUUUCCAUCUAGAGAUCUGUCAGGAGAUGGAAGGGUACAUGGACGAUGGGAAAAGCAAAAGAGGAACUUGGAUUUUGCCUCAUGCUGUUUGCACCUCUGACUCACCUUAAACUGCAUGGAUUUCCAUCAUGGAAAUGGAAAUUUCCACUGUUUAAGAUAAUGUUUAACUCAAGACAAUCAAAAUAAGACAGACUUGUGAAACCCUGUAAAAAUAGGUCCUAAUUCUUAACCUCAUUCUGGUAUGUGUCUAACAUCACUUACUUUAGUGAAACAAAGCUCCUAUAAAUCUGAAGUGAUGGAAAGAACUACUGGGAAAGGUGUCUCAACAUACUUGAGAUAAAAUAUUUUCAAGAAUCCUUAAAAUCUCUGACAGGAGGAUGAGGCCUUUGGAAAAUCCUUCUCCCUAAAAUAACCAGAGAAUGUAAGUCCUAAAAGCCAUGGACCAUAUUCUCAAAAGAGAGGUCUGUACCACCAAAGCCUGCACUGCUGACUCCUCAGUGAGCCAGUGCCCUGGCUGCAUCUCUGCAUGCACCCCCACUGCUCUGUUUUCGUGCCUUCCUUUACAAGCUGCAUAAGGUAGUUGCAAUCACAGUAUUUUCAUACACUUUUGUUGCUUGAGCCAUGUCGUACUGGAUUUGGAGAAAUGUGAUAAUUUUAUCUUGUUCCUAGUUUGAGCAAUUUCUAGGGGAAAAAAUCCUAACAGCUUGUUUUUCCCCCCAUAGCUGAGAGAAGUCCAAAUAGUAUCUGGAGCUUGUUGUCUUUAUGUUGUCAGCUUCAGCUCUGUGGGCUACCACCAGUCCCAGCAGUCACCAGUGACCAUGAAUUCAGCAUUCUCUGUUGAUAAAUUACAAUUUUAUCUUUGUUUGGCUAGGGCUUUUAGUAGCCUGCCAACUCAAAACCGUUGCCUAAUAUAUCAUUAGAGGGCAAAUAUGUUCCUGUGUAUGUCUGUGGCAUAUAAGCAGCUCCUACCACAGCCUGGACAUUCCAGCAUCCUGCUGAGGAAGGAAAGCAGUGCCUCAAAUAAUUUAGACUGCAGAUUUUUCUUUUCAAAUGAAAUAUUUUUUUGUUUUGCAAGGUCAGACACUUGGGGCUGUUCAGGUCACAAGACGCCAGAGACUGUUUACUUUGGAAAACAAGGACAUCCACGGUGGGAGGUGCUUUUAGCAACAACCAAAUCUGGUGUUUUAAACCAAACAGAAGCCUGGGCAAAGGCCAGCUUCGCCCAUCCUUACUGACACCAUGAAAUCAAGGGAGAGCUUCCAAGAGCUGACUGAUGCACAUGCAGCCGGGAUGAUACUUGGUAUUGUCACUUGUGAACUCAAGUACCUCAAAGCAUGUGGAAGAUCCUCAGAUGAGAGGAAUAAAUAUUUUGUGUUGACUGCAGUUAGUGUUCACAGUGGAAAAUGAUUUCUUGAUAGGUUAAGACAGUGCCCAGUAGUGGGUUUUAUCUAAAAGCAUUUUGGUCAUAGUGGAGCAGCAUUUUUCCUAUACCCAGAUGCAAAGUGAGAGGGAAGGUUUUCCACUUUCCUUUGGGUAUUUUAUUUCAUCUUUCAGUUGGUUAAACUAUUCAGGCUAUGGAGAUUUCUAAGAUUCAGAUUUUCUUCUCAGUCACCAGUAGAAAAGGAGAAUAAAUUAUUCUUUGAUAAGUUGAUAUUGGGUGGCAAGAAAAAAAUAUUUUGUGAUAGGUUGCUGCUAUUAGCACAAAUGGAGGCACUUUUAGAUACAGUUUUGUAUCCCUUGUGAAGGGCAUUGCAGGGCUGAGGCUGACCAAGCAGGAUGCACAGCUUUGCUUCUCCUCGCUAACUGGCCAAGCCUGCUCUGUCAUAAAGUACAAGCAUUGUCAAAUCUUUGCACAGCUUGGCUGAAAAGGCACGGUCUCCUAUACCUUAUCAAAUCCGCUCUGGAGAAAGCAUCUGUCUCCAAGCAUUUCCAUCCCUCGCUGGGUGGCCAUACAUGAGUUCAUAUAUACUGUUUAAAAAUGUAUGUGUCUUUCUGAAUGUGGAUUUUUUUCCAUCGUAGCUUUUGCGCCACAAACCACAACUGCCAUAGAUAAAUACUUUACCUCUGUGAAGACAUUUGUUUCCUGUUGAUUUUUAAUUAGUAGAUACAUUCCACCGGUCAAGUUAGAGGGCAAAAAAGAAAAGUAAAUUUUAGAGGAUUCAGCCUAUUCUUAACCAGCAUGGUAUUUAGAAAUGUUAAACUGCAAUAAAAAUCCACAUCUGUGUGGACUCACCUAGAGUUUCACAACAGCAGUGAGAAUAGGGCACAGGGCUUCCAAUUUCAAAUGUCUUCAAAACAUCCCUUCAAAGAAUCUCUAUUAGGUGUUAGGAGUAGAACCUGGGGCAUCCAGUUUCACAGUUUUGACCAUUUAAGUGAGAUGAAUAGAAUAGGGUUGGUUUCAGAAAUGCACUGUGAAUGGAUUACUGUUUUAGCCCUGAAAAUACACAUUUCUUCCAGCAGUAUAAAAGUGAGGGGAGUGUUUAUGCCACCAGUGUAGGAAACACACAUCUCUUUUCUCCAGUGACUAAAGUAGACUAAUGAGGGCUAUCAAACUUGCUAAUGACUGAAGGAAAGUCUUUCAAUGCCUCACACUGGUAAAAUCUAAGCGUUUUCUGCAGCUUUACAUCAGAUUGACACCAGUGUGGAAGAGAGGCAGCAUCAGUGUACCGCAAUAGUCCAUGUGCUCUUUAUGGCAGAGAGUGAAAUCUGGAGGGGCAAGCGCUGCAAUCCCAGGAGGCAACUACAUGAACCACCAAAGGCAUACCCAGUUACCUUGAGCCUAAUAUAGCAGAUAUAUUCAAAUUGACUACAUUUAAAACCACUGCUGUUCCAGACAGAAGCAGUGUGAACUCUUUAGGGAUGGAAAAAUGGGCAAAAUGGCAGAGCUGAGCCACUGGUCCAGGGACCAGUGCUAUGAGGUUGAGAAAUUGCUCAUACAGGCAGAUCCCAAUGAGUCACUGACUUCUGCUUUCCAAAUGCCUCCUGGCCAAUGCAUAAUUUUAGUGUGUUUGUCAUUAUAUAGAGAUAAAUCUGAACUCCAUUGCACUUGAUCAAGCAGCUUGCCCUUAUCAAGGUCUGUGGGACGGGCAGUCAGCUGUUGGAGACCUGUUACAGAGUAAGCCUGGGAUUGUUCACAGGUUGGUACUUAGAGAUGCCUUCGAAUCACCUUGGGCAACCACUAUUUUUAAAAAUACAGACGUUACCUAAGAAUAUUUGUAUUUUGAGAGAAACCAGAUAACUGGGGGCAAAAUGCUCACCUUCAGCUCACAAAGAGUUUUCAUGCUUGAGAUUGUAUUACAACUUCGAAAAUUCACAGCAAAGGCUCCAAGUUUGUUUGAAGACAUGCAUGAAGAAUUAUAUGGUGAAACAUUUCAUUCUGGCUGUGAAAAAAGUUAAUUCAAAACAACUAAAACAUCAGCCAUAAAGAUGUAGAACAUUUUUCAGGAAGCCCUGUCCACCUUGAACUAAUGUUUUCUUAAAAAACAGCCUGCCUGUAAUAAUCACUGUUAUUGAAAAGACAUCCCAAGGUUGCUGUAUGGAAAUAUGUUAAAUACGUUCUGAAAUCCAAUCUAAUAUAAUUUCAACAUUAGAGCUCAUUCAUAAUCCUGUAUUAAAAGCCUAUGCAAUUUUCAUGAAAUAUGUCUGUCUGUGUAAUCAUGAAUGCUGAAUAUUGUCAUGGCUUUCCAGGAAUUUUCAGCUUCAAUGCAGAGGAAAGAAAACUCUUCCAACUGGACUUCUACACCACUGAGAAGAAAUAACAAUAACAGCUCUAAAUGUAAAAUAAACAUUUCUGGAAAAAUACUAUCUUUUCAAAGAGGCUGUAGUCUGAAUUUCAAGCUACUAGUAGUAUGACACAGAGGCUUCGAAGAUGCCUGUGGUUACAGCUCCUUGCUUUGUGUGGCACUGGGGGCAAACAGUCCCAGUAGAAUCUGUUUACUCACACCUAGAUUUACAAAGUGAUUUUUCAGAUGGAGUUUCUUAAACCUGGUGAAUAUUUCUGCUUUGAAUCGCUCGUUUACAACUGGAUGCAGCUGUUACUGUGAUCAAGUAUUGCCAAUUCUAAUUGCCCAGCACCUCAAAUGCAUGGGUGGAAAAUUAAGAGAAUUUUCAGCAUCACCAUAUGUCUGACGUGAGUACACUAGCUGCUUCUCAGGAAUUUCUCUGUGUUUAUAAUUUUAUAAAGAAUCAAAGCUUAUAAAGUUGCACUUGGAUAUACAGAAGGGGUGAGGAGUGGGAAAAUUCUUCUUCUCUCUCUAAUGUUCCUAUUCACUGAUGGCUCUUUGAUAUUUUUCCUUUUUAUGAGCAACGUUUUUUAUUAGUGGAAUAUUUCUGGUUCCGUGGCAUAACUUUAAAAUGAUAGGAAAAAUUAUACAACUGGGAUCUCAAUUAUUCAGCACAGCCAUUUUAAUCCUUCAUGUUAUUUGAUCCAGUACAAGGUAAUAUACAUCUUAUUUCCAAUUAGAAUACAAUUCUCACUAUAUUCAUCAUCUAUUGAUGUCUGCUUUUCCAUUUGCCAGAGACAUGAAACUCUGUGAUUCAAAGGGUGCCAUUCAGCCUACCCUACCUGAGGACAAUUAUGUAGUGUCAGCAAGGCUGCCUGUAGGUUUGAUGCCUGUAGCCUAAGGCAGCUGGGAGCUGCUGUUGCUUUCUUUCCUGCAGAAUUUCUCACCAGCUGACAGCGUAUUGCAGAAAUGGUUCCUCCGUGCUUCCGCAGCCCGAUGCCAUUUGUAUGAGCAAUACUGCAGAGCACAUUUGUUUGAGGCUCCUCAGCUGCAUGUGGCAAAAAGAUCACUUCUCGUGUCUGAGGGCCAUAUUCUGCAAACCCCUUCACAGUGCUCUGUGCUCCAUGACCCUAUGCUUUGCUCUCCCUGCUGUCCUGGGAUAAAUUCUGCUAUCAACUUCAGCAAAUUCUUCAGAGGUGUGUCCCUCAGACUUAAUAGGUGUGUAUCCAGCUUUAAUUGGUCAGGAAGCAUGGAAAAGACUUUGUCCAAAGAGGCUUUUGUGAUAACCACCUUGAUGCACUUGAGAGAUUUCAUGCAGACUAUCAGUCUCCUAGAUUUUAAGGUCCCUUUGAAAGUAGGUUUAUCAUUGGUCUUUUGGUAGCAUUAAGUAUGCUAUAGAAAAAGAUGAGAGAAGACAAAGACUGAAGCUCAGCUGCAGAAUACUCAAAACUCAAGAAAAACCUUUAAAAAAAGGCCUGUGUUGGAAGAGGAGAGGGUCUAUAGCCAGCAUACCUGUGAACUCAGAGGUGAGGGCGGGAAGGCAGGGGACUUUAAACAGUGAUAAGAUUCCUGUGGCACUUCCCUGCAAUUAGAGUCAGCCCAUUCUCAUUUCUAAAUUUUUUAAUGUGCUGAACUCCCAACGUGAUUCAUGUAGAUCUGAGCUGAGAGCAAAGCUAUAGCAUUGAAAUGGACUAGUGUUUUCUAGGUCAGGGUUAACUUCAGUUACAAAAUCUUCCCAAAAACUACUCCAAAGCCAUUUAGACCUGGUAGAAUGGUGGCAAACAGUGAUCUUGUGAGGGACCAUGUCUAAGCUAAGAAGUCACACAAAUGCCCACUUCUUUGUAUACAGCAGGCUUCAUUCUAUCAAAUGAACAGGCUGAUUCCCACUUAUGCAGCUGUCAGAGUGAGGUUUUAACUAUUUCUGUCUCAAACCUUGCUUCUUUGUGUCCAAAGUAUCCUGGCAGAUGACCAGAAUACUGUAAGAUUAUGUUGAGAAGAUGGAUAGGGGACUCUGUUUCUUCUGGCAGAAGAACUAGAGGGAUCCAAUGAAAUUUCCAAGCAGGAGGUUUUAGAGGAAGCAAGAGACCGAACCUUUCUGUACAACACUGAGUUACUCUGCUGGGUUCAGUACCACAGAAUGCUAUGGGAUGCAUGCUUUGAACUGGCUUUUUUUCAAUUCAUAUUUUUAUUACAGGUGAUAGAUGUCUGAACUAAUCCAAAUGCGUGGUGUUUUGCAAAGUUAUGGAAGAGCAUGACCUCACAAGUUUGAAUUUUUGUAAUGAUUUUCCAUAGCCCUCUUUAUAAACUGCCCCCUUGCUAAUCUCAAUAGACAGCCAGCUCCAAGAUUCAUGCUAACAUUGGAAAAAUUUUAGUAUCCUUAAAGACACCUCCUUGUAGGGGCUUUUGCAAGCAGAUCAAAAGGCAGAGCUAUAUAUUUUUGCAUAAUUAUUUUACAAGUGUUAUGGUGAAAAUACUCUUUUUUACUCUAGUGAUAGUGAAAAGGGGCUUAAUAGCUGUAAAAUUACAUAGCAUUGAUGUCCACAUUUACACAGAGAACAGCUGAUAUUUAACUUAUGAUUGUACUGACCAGGAACAAGCAAUUUCCCUGUGAUGAUGCAGCCAGACCAUGUGCAGCCUCUAAAGCUGCAGAAAGCAGCCAGAUCAUUUGAAAGGUGAAUUAAUGCAUCCCUUAAAAGUGCACAUCCUCCAAAAGCUUCUGCCCAGCAGAAGGCAAAAGCAGCAAGCUGCCAUGUGCUGCUGUUUCUGCAGGAUGAGUAAUCCCUGCUGCUCAAGGCAUCCAUUGGAAAGGCUGCCCUGGAACAGAUGUUCCAGGAAGGGGUGCUGAGGAUCAAUAUUUUUACAAAUAUAUUUCAUGAAAUAUAUUUUACAAAUAUAUUUCACUUUUUGUAGAGAGCUUGGAGGUUGUCCUACAGAUAAGCAUUUCUUUGUAAGGAGCAAAGGAAGGAGAUUUCCUUGGUCUAGACAGAGAACAAGGAUGACCAUCAGUGGGGAGAGGACAAUGAUCUCUUACAGCAUUUGGUGUACUUAAGUUGUGGGUCUGAACCUCAUGCUAGGAUUUCACACUUCCCUAAGAUGCAGUGCAUUUAGAAGCAGGAGUUCUUCAAAACAUGUUUUAAAUUAUUUCAUUCAAAACUUUAGCAAAUACAGAUGCUCUUGGGCAUUGAAUUGAAUCUGCAAGAAUGGGUGAAGAACAGAUAGAAAGGAGGAAAAAAAACCAUCAGGGAACAGAGAGACUCAUUUAAUUUAUGUAGGAGGAAACUAAGGUACAAAAGCAGUUAUGAGUGGUCUGAGGUUAGUCAGAGAGAGGGGAACCUUUAACUCACCAUCCUUGGUUUAGUCCCCAGACAAGCAUGGCCACACAGGAGACCCUCGGUUCCUUGCUCUGGAUGCUAUCCUUGCUCCCCUGCUACUCAAAGCUGAGCACACAGAUGCUACCUGAGCUUAGAGGAAGAAAGAAGAAGAAGAUUGCAGGUGCAGGUACAUGUCACAGGUGAAAGUGAUGGUGGGUGGUGGGGUGGCUUUGGGUUUGGAGGGUAAAUACAUCUAUGUCAGGUAUCAGAAGUUACCAGGGGGUAACUAUUCCAGAGGGGACCUCCAAACUGCUGCCAUCAUGGGCUGUGACUUAGUAGCAGUAAGAGUUUUUUACUUCUCACCCAGUAGCCCCAGGGAGGCAUCCAAACUGUUGUCAUAGAGCAAUAUCUUGACUACUCCAUGGAGGCCAAGACUCUCUGGUUUUGACCUUUUUCCUGCCAGGCAUAUGUCCCUCUGCCUGUCCACUGCAUUUGCACUCAGACAUUGGCGGGGGGUGUUGGCUGGUCCGGGGUCACCACACUGCAGAGAAACACGCUCUGUCGGGUCCAGAGCGAUGUGCUCGCUUUCAUCGCUGUGUAUGUGUCAACGUGUCACUUUAAAGUAGUUCAAGUAAGAGAUGUGGGAGAACAGAUGAGGAGAAGGGAGGCAGGAAACAUGUCAUAAAUCCACAGUGAGAGGGACUCUGAAGUAAGAGAAUUAAAGACUCUGGAAAACACAUAAAAAUCUGCUGUAGAAAGGGCACUGUCAAUGCAUCCUGUCAGUGUAGUUUGGUUUUUAUUUCCUAGUGUGCAAUAUGAUAUAAAAAACGUUCACCUUUACUAGAUGAUCCAUGCAAGCCCAUAUUUCACAUGAGAUUUAUUUUUCAUGUGAAUAGGCUUGGUGUUUCCAGACACUGGUGGAUAUCAGUCGCCGUCCUAUAAAAUGAGGCCACCAGCACCUGUGGUCUCCCAGGGACUGUCUCUUCCAAGUGCUGCUCCUCACACAAGGGCCACUUCAUUGUUUCUGUUUUGUGUUUAAGUAGAGCUGAACUGAGGAAUGUAGAGUUGAAUAAAAAUAAUGGAAAAAGAUCAGACUGAAAUUAUUGCCCUCCCCCCAAAAAAAUCCCACUUGUGCAAUCAUCAGAUAUGUGAGCUUUGUGCUUUCUCAUAUUGCUAUUGUAAAAAUAGAAAAAAAACUUGAACCCACUCAAGUAUUACAGAAGGUCUCAAAUACUACAAAGAGUUUCUAUAGACUUAUGUCCCACUGCAGGAAUUUGAAAUUCCCUCAGCACCCAGAAUAUUAAGCAAUCUGGGGCCUGUACUUGUAGAUCAAGAUUUGUGAGAAAGGAACAUCCUGGCUUGGCUAAAAUGACUGAUGAAAAGAAAAAUUGCCAGUGCAGCAACCACCAGCCUCUCUGGCAGCCAACUAUUCUCAUUCAGCCAUCCCCACGACCUUCGCAGGACAUAACAUGUUCAACAUGGGCAAAAGGCCUCCAGGCUCUGUCUGAAAGACUCAGUGAUGCUAAUGAACAAUGAGGAGGAGGCUUUACACUGUGUAACCCACUUUAGGCAUGAUGAAAAAUCAUUUCUUUUCAAAAGUGUGUGAACUGGGACAAGCCAGACUGAGAGGAGGACCUCUUUCCGCACUUCUUUCCUUUGCCACUCUGUACCUCCUUUACUUUUUCCUUGUCCACACUGCAUAGCAGCAAGGACACAUUCCAGUGUGUCCUUGCUGGCACCUGAUUGUGAAGGGUCUAUUGCCUGGCAAUCCUGUAUCUUCAUGGUAUUCCUACAGACUGAAGUGCUGUGCCAUGGGGAUGUAGAUAAGGAAGAGACCAUUGCACUAGGACUUCCCUGUGGGGAACCAUGAGCCAGACAAGCACAUUGCUUCCUUCCCUCAGCCCCCCAUCUUACUUUAAUUUUUUCCUUCUAGCACAGCUUGAGAGCUAUUGCUGCUGAGACUGCAUUUUCAUUUCUUCUGUUUCAUUGCUACUCUGUGCUUAAUGUAUUAGUGGUGUGAAGUAGAGAGGAAGGAAACAGAAGGGAAGCACAAGGAGCAAAGUAAACAUCUUCAGGGAGGUAAAGACUGCACAGAAAAACACUUACUCACCCUUUUCAGACAGGGAUUUAACAUGCUCCAGCUUUGCAUGACAGUCCUGUGUGCAGGAUUGCCCUUCCAGGCUGUGCCAGUAGCCAUGGGGGUUGCAGAGCCCCAUGAGUCAGGGUCCCACACCUUCAUCCUUUAUCAUGCCAGCCAUGUGGGACCUGCUGUGAGGCAUUUGAAAAGUACAGGCACUCUGUCUUUUCCCCAGUAGUGGGAUUUUUGGAGGAGCAGUUUUCUAAAUGCUAUGGCUCAGAACCCGCCGGUAGAUAAGACUACUUUGGCUUACAGCCUUCUGGGGACAGAGGUGAUGUCCAUCCCACAAAAUCCUAAGAUGCUGUGAGAGCAGGCAGGGCAUAACAGACCCCGCUGUUAUUUGCCAGAUUCCCAAAGUCACGUUGUCUCUGUGUGCAGAAGGACACACAGAGUCUCUAGCCUCGGUUGUGAUGAAGGACAAGGUCAAGCUGAAGUUUCCUUUGAGACAGCCAGCAACCCCAUGAGCCCCCAGCCUGGCUUAGGGACACAUGGCACAACCCCACAAAGCCCUCUCACUGCUUGUCUGGGGAGUCUGUGGUCCUCUGCAGAGCAGAUGCAUGACAACUGAUGGAGAACAAUGUUAUCAUUUACUUGCCUGUUAACCAGGGAAGCGGGUAACUGUAGUGACCAUCAGCAGAAUAGCCAGGUUCAGCAUGGGCCACUGUUAUGGAGCUGUGUGUCUGUUCAGGUUCAUUCUGCAUUUCCUUCUCAUUAUUGUACAGCCACUCUGGGUGGGGGCUCAAAGUGACUUACUCCCUUGCUAAAAUUACAAGCAUCUUCAAGUGCUGCUCUGAACCCUCCUGCCUGUUGCCAGUGCCUGGGUAGUGCUGUGAUAUUGAGAGAGCCCUAUUUCUGCUUCAUCACAGCUUGAGGCCCCACUAGCAGCAUCCACACUUCUAAAAUUUAUCAUAGCCUUAAACUGGAGGCAUAGGCCAUCACUGGCUUAUUUUAUGUUUCCUCUAACCUCUGUAUUUUGCAAUGGCUACAGAAGUGUGUCUGCUUCAGUGUUUGUGAACUAGCUGUGCUUCAUCCAUGGGAGAGAAGCAGAUCUAGCAUGCAGACAGCCACUUCCCAGAAUCUUAACAGCUGCUCAGCCCAGAUUUCACCCUGAUUUUUUUUCUUCAGCUUUGAUGAUGUGAUUGUCAAGUAGCAGCGUGUUGCUGCUGCACCUGUGCUUUGGAGAGGAGCACCCGCUGAGUCUGGUGUAGGGAGGCCAUGGGGGCUGCAAUGGGCACGAGCAGCACCACCAGUGACUUGACACGGGCUGACACCUCACUGGUGCAACUUGGUCCAGCUGGGUGUGGUCUGGGAGGGCAGAAAUCAGCCCAGUACCCUGGGGUGCAAGCUGGCUGUGGGGCUGUGAAUGGAGGGGCACAAGGCAGAGAGCUGCGGUGGAAAGCACAGCCUCUGUGGAUGCACGUGGCUGAAAGAUGAAGAUGCCCGGUGCAAGAGCCGUGGGAAUCGCAUAUGGAAAGAGGGGAUGGUCUGGUGCAGGAACAACAGUACAGAGCCUUUGGGGACACAGGGACAGUGGCCAACCCAGGACACCCAGCUUAACAGGCAGCCAUGGCGAGUUCCUCGUGUUGCCACUGGCCGAGUGGCACAAGCUACAUAAGAAAAAAGAUGUUUUUGGAAGCAAGUAAAGAAAUAAGUGUUUCCACCACUGGCCCAAUCGAGCUACCCCAGGGCACCAUACAGUUUUUGGUUAAAAUAUGCACUAAACAGAAUAUGCCAUUGUCCUUACAUGUGCAUGCCCAGUCUGUGGCUCCGGUGCAAGAAGGGCUGUGGGAAGAACAGGAGGGGUUAAGCUGUGCAGCUCCAAACACUGCAUCCUCAGAAACCGGCAGGAGGAGUAGGGGGGACCUGUUCCCCUGUGAGGCUGGAGCAGCUGUAGCUGAGGGUCCUGCAAGGGUCCUGUGGGACUGGGGGCUGUUUGCUGACUGCCGCCCCCAGCCCCUUGGCACACAGCCCAGCCCCAAGACAUAUAAACCAAAGAAGCAUAAACAGAUGAUCACAUGAAAAAUAUAUCAUGAUUAGCCAGAUAGAUCCCAAAUGUUUGUUCUAUAAACUGCAGCAGGCAGCACAAGUGUUCACUGCAGCUGUAGUAUCUCAUCUUAUUUGUGUAAGUGUGCCAUUAAGCUUAGACAUGGGCAAAAUAAUCUUUCAUUGAUUCUCAUUUAAGAAGCUGCUUUAAAGAUAUAUUAUAUCAAUGUUUGAUUCAACCCUUUUGCAGCUAGUAUUAUAUCGUAAACUGCUUCUUGCUUAAUAGAAAAUCUUUGUGCAUUUUUUUCUCCUGGGUUACUUCCUUUUCUCUCUGAAGCCAGUAAAGUGGUUUGUUUUGUGAAUGAAAGCUGGAUGCCUUUAGCAGGAUGGCAUUAACACUGACCUCUGCUCAUGCAUUGAAUUCCUGCCCAGUGGGAGGCGAGUUGGAGGAAAGGGUUAGUUCAUUGAUGGUCAGAACCUGCUGAGAGCAGGACUGUUAACCUGCCUGGAAAGGGAACUGCUUAGAGGGCUUUUCCCUUUCUUGGAUUAGCCCAAUGAAGCCAUCUUUCUCUCUCUUUAGUUUUAACCAUCUGCUGGAAAGAUGGUUCUGAUUCAUCUCAGCUUGGUAGAGAAUAUUUUUGUAUAUAUAAAAUGGCAGUAAAUUGGGGUGUGGGGUGUGGAGGAGGCAUACACUUUAAUUUUCCUGUUGCUACUUCCUGUAUCAGAGAAGGCUAUCUGAAUUUCACAGCAUGAAAUAUUUAGCAAGGACAAUUCAAAGAAAUCAAAACCAAACUCCUUCAGGCAUUUCCCAAGAAGUUUAGCAUGUUUUAUGCCCCUUGGAUCUUAAAAUGCAUCCUGUAAAAAGGGUAAGCAGGAAAAGAAAAAAUUUUGUGAAGCUGAUUGCCAACAGCAUCUUCUGACAACCAGUGCAUGAGAGUUGUUCUGACGGAGACUGGUCUAUAAUUUAUAAUGAAAAAGUAUUGUGUAAAAAUAGCAACUUUUCAUUUGAUAGUUUUAUCUGCUGACUGUGGUGAUAAAACCUGUGUUCUGCUUUAUUUAGAGCUAGAGAGGACACAGAGUGCAAGUCAAAACCCAGAAGGUUCACACAGGACAACUGUAAGCUUUUCUUUCUUUUUUGUCUUCUUUGUCCUUCAGUGCCAAGGGAACAUUUGGAGAAUCAGCUGCAUCUCUGCUAUUUUUUACACAACCAGCAGAUUCAUUAACUAAUCCUUCUUCUCUUCUCUGUCACUACCAGAUUGCUUCAGGUGUAGGUGGAGGAGCGACUGUCCUGAAAGAAGAGGGCAUAGACCAAGUCAAAGUUUGGCCAUAGCAACUAGAAACAGAACAUCUUAUUUUAGCUCCCCCACCCAUGUCAAUCAAGAAGAAAUCCAUUGAAGCAUCAAGAAGAAAUCCAUUAAAGUCAGUGGAAUUGCACUGGCACAAGGUUGCUUUCAUUGAGAUUAGGAUCUAACUUUGGUGUCUGUUUUAUUUGUAAAUUGAGCAGAUAGAAGCCACUGGGAGAUCAUUAAAUCGGAACUCAGAAAUUUUCAUUUCCACUUGUUUUUUUUUGAGUAAAAUCAUACUUUGUUAUCCUUGCAGAGUCUACAAGGACUAGUUUGAGCUACUCUCACCAGCUAAGACAACACUUCUUCUCUAUAAGGUGAGCUGAAUAAAGCUUAUCGAUGUAGUUGUUUCUUUUUCUUUUUAUUCACCUCCUGACCUUUAAAAAUUACUUUACUCAACAAAGGACAAUAGGGCCAAUCCAACUCCCAUUAAAGACAGCAGGAGUCUUUUCAUUAACUUCAGCUGAAGUUGGGCUGGGCCCAAUAAGACUAACUUUAAGAGUAAAAAAUAGCAACUCAUAUAGAGCUUUAUCUUGCCCCCUGUGGCUUGAUAACUGACCUCCCAUCAUGUUCACUGGGACAGGAUCAGGCUUAUAAAGCCAAGUAAAACUAUUACAGGCCUAAUCCUAUAACCCAAAGAUUAUAAAGUAUUUGAAUUUCCUCUUUUUAAUCACACUGGAAUAUUUGAGAACUAUUCAUGACUUUAUGAAUAGCGAGGAGCUUCCAGCUGAACAGAUUGGAUUUUGGGUUGCUUUAUGCCCUAGAGUUUUCUGGUUUUAAAAUAGGAAGAUGACAGGGGUAAGGGGCUGAAAAGAUAACCUCGUGUAACUCCUUCAUUCUUAGGUGCUUUUUUUGCUCCAUGUUCCUACACAAGCACAUUCUACUUGCCAGGUCAUCCCAGCUCAAAUCCUCUGCACCAUUUGGUUUCCCAGAAGAAAGUGCCACUGGUCUUCUCUUCCUGCUUGUCUUAGAUGGAGCAGAACAUCAUCCAGAGGGUUAAGCUGGGGCAGGGUUGCAAUGUGGAUGCCUCUUGGUCUAAUGGGAACAGGCAGACUGGUUUUUGUUACACCUUUGCCCCAAGACAUUCAACAUUUGUUUUCUAAUUAAUGCUUAAUACUGCAACACAGGGAAAGUUCCAACAACUCACAAACUCUCAGCGUAUGAUGUGGAUUUUGCUCUGGAUGUGACACAAAGCUGAUUUUUUUCUCUUUAUUGGUUUUUCAUUUUGCUCUUUCCCCCUCCCUUUAUAAUUACCUACAAUGAAUCUACAUGGAAAACUCUAUCAAACACACUGAUUUGUUUCACCACCAAGAGAAGCAAGGUCAUUUGGCAGCUCUGUGAACUGUUGUAAAAAGCCCACCUACUUGGUAGGUUCUUGUAUGCUUUAUUCUGGAGACUCUAGAUCACAAAUUUUAUUUUUGUUAAAAAUGAAUCUACUCACUGCCAUCUGUGGGGAACAUGUUCUGAAGUCAGAAACAGCAGAACAAUUUGUAGCAGCCACCCAGGGAAAGGUGGGCUUGGUGACACAGCCACACUGCAAGGCAGGAUGCAGAGCUGCAGCAAAUGCUGUUCUACCCUCAGCCCUGUGUCAUAAACCCUUCUCUUUUUUCAGCAGAAUCUAAAUUUACACCAUCCUUUAAAUAUAGACACACAGUGUAUUAGAAAGAGCUCUCAGAUACCCUCAGCUUCUCCAUGCAUGCAGAGGAAGAGCCCCCUCACUCCUGACACCAUCAGCCCUGGUAUUCUCUGCGCUCACCCAAAUGCACUGCAAGCAUCAACAUCAGUCACUUCAAAGAGCUCUUUCAUGUACCACAAACUUUUUUAUCCAGAAGGCCCAAGAAAAAGGCAGAUCUGGCUGUGUCUGGCUUUAUUCGGCUCGCCACUUGUGUGGCCCCUUGGAAAGGUCUCAGAAGAUUGAACAAACUUUCCAUGCAUUUUCAGCAGCAAGUACAAGAUACAAAGCUGUUUCUGUCACUUGUUGUUAGCAGUGCAAGGUAAUUAAUGGCUUUGUGUUGCUCUUGGGGGUGUGUUGAUGCUGCUGAGGGAAGGAUCCCUCCCCCACCUACACUGCAAAGUCCUGUUCCCUCAUUAGACAGUGCCUGGAGAUGGCUAGAUUCCAUUCCUCUCUGCAGAGGCUCCUUCUCACCUCUCAGGAGGGAGCCUGCCAACCAUGCCAGAUGAGGCUGCACUCAUGGCACCCUCAUGGCACACUCAUGGCACCCUCAUGGCACUCAGCAAGAGGCUGGGACUAUGCCAAAUUUCACCAUAUCUCUGGGAAGCCUCCUGCAGAGAGUCAGCUCUUCUGGGAUCAAUGUUUUAAUGAGGACAGCACAAUCCCAUUUCAGGAGUCUGUGUAGGGAAGCCUGAUGAGAUGAGCAGGCCUGUCCCACCCUUCCCAGUCCUGUGGGCAGCCCUUCUGAUAUCCUAUGCAGCAGCUGAAGGAGCUUACCCAGCAGUGCCCCUUUUGGGGAAAACUGUGAUUUUGCACAUCUCAGAUGAAGCAGACUCACAGGAACCUGUCUGCACCACACAGAAAAUCCUAUUGUCAGAUCCUUACUCAUGACAAAUUGUGUUUGACAAUGUUCAACAUCGUAGGUCUUUUCUGCACAAUUCUUACUAACUUCAUACAACAGGCACCUAACUUCAGGGCCCUAAUCACUCCCUGUUAGCUCUUCUGUCAUCUAGUUCACUCUUUGAAGAAGCCCUUGUUCUCUGUUAAGAACAGAGAAAACCCACCAGAAAUAGACAUCUGAUUUGGAGAGUUAGGUGCCAAAAGUCAGUUGAGAUAAACCAUUAAAAAAAUUUCUCAUUAGGCUUUUUCCCAGCCGUUUAGUCUCCUGUGAACAGGAGAUCUGAUUGGAGAUAAUAGCUCACUUUCUUCGGAAUCUUCUGAUGAAUUCAUGAGAGCUGAUGCCAUUGCUUACCAUUCAAGUGGCACCUAAAGCAACAGUUGUUCUUAAUGGUUUAUGUAGAUGCAAAUAUUCUGGUGGAUUCUCUGGAAUCUCUGUGGGGGAGACAAGCCAGAUUCUGCACUCUCUUGUUGACUAGAAGCCAGGAGAGAGGGGAGUGCACAUAUCAGAUCUGCUGCAUAUACCUUUGUUGGCCAAACAGGCCAUACAGCCAACAGCCUGUUCCGUGCUUUAUCCUGCUUUUGUUGCCAAAUGAGAAUGGCAAGGCAUAUAGCAGGAGGCUGUAUUCUGCUCUCUUGAUUCUUAUUACAAGGUUUGAAGUGUUUUGUUUAUAUGCUCAGAGAACAGAGGCUGAUUCUCUUCAUGUUUGUAAUUACUUGGUUAUUACUGGCAAGAAAGUUUGUUUUUCUCAACUAGAAAGCAAUUGUCUGUAGCCAGUCACAUAUAAAAGACUUCUGCUACAGUUGUAUCCAUUUCUCUGUUCUUUGAAUAUUAAGCAAAAGUAGGAGCUGAUUCCCUAGAGGGUAUCUCUGCUGCUGCAGACUGUUGUGUACUUACCAAAUACAUUGAUUUUCUUUGGACCCAAAGAUACUGCCUUUUUUUUUUUUUUAAUGGAUUGAAUGUGACUGCAUAUUUCUAAAAUACACAAAGGUGGAACAACCACAAAUGUAUAAUUAAUGAAUUGUUCUAGCCAUAUUUACUACAGAAGUUACCAGGGCCUUGGGUGGAAAACAUAAAAACAUAUCCCUCCUAGUCUGGGCAUGCCAACAUGUAGUAUAUUUUCAUUAAGUUACAUGAUAUUAAUGUUUUCAGGAAUCACUUGAGUUCUUCCACUCUGCCUGCCAGAAGUGUUGCCCAAAUCCAUUCCCUAUUUAAUCGUGAAGGAAUGCUGUUCAAAAGAUUUGGGGUCAGAAGUGCUCAGUAAAUCAAUCCAGAUACACUCCUAAUGAGUGGUGAAUUAAAUAGCAUUUGCUUUAGGAUCAGAGGUCCUCCUGGGAAAAUAUUUUUUAUUGCUAGCAGGAUUGUUCACUUGCAGGUAUCAGGAAGCUGUGAGUUAAGGUCUGCUAGGAAGCUCUACAAAAGAAUCUGUGUCUUUACUGAACGCAUGUGAUUAUGUCCAGACAACAAUGAUAAAUAGGUGAGACUCAUCCUCCACUAGAAUACCCUGUUUCCUAAAUUAAGGAGGAAGAAAAAUUUUGUAGCUUCAGAUGGGAUAAAAUUAUUCUACAUUUAUAUCUCUAGGUUCCUGUCUUUCAGACCACAACGCAAGAAUUUAGAACAAGGAGUGGGAAGAAAACAGCUGACGUGGAAAAGGGAUAUUUAGAGUCUGCACUGGCCAGCAGGAAAGGCAGCUCACUGUAACUACUCCAAGGAGUCUCUGCAAGGCUGGGCAGGACAUUUUUCCUGUGAUGGGGCAUGAAGGCUGGAGAGGCCAGAGCUUUUUGCCACCCUAUGAGACCAUAUACAAAAUUGAAGGCAAAUUAUCUGAAAUGGGAAGGAUGUUUCUUGAUGCAAUGUUUAGUUUAUUUCUAGCCUUCCAUGCUUUUGAAAGCCGGUGUUUUUUCAGAGCAUUAGAAAUUAAUAAUUCCAGAUUUCUGCCACUCUCACUUCCCAUCACCACCCUUCUCUGAGUAGGCUAACAGGUUCACUAGUGCAUGUAGGCAGCAAAUGGAUAUAAAAUGUCCCCAUGCAGCCCAAGUGGCAUCAGCAGGAGCAAGUGAGAGUCCCUGAAAAAGCAGGAGAGGAUCAGGUAGAGACAAUACCUAGGGAGCUACACUUCAUGCUAGGAGAAAUUAGGAAACACAUGCAUAUAAUAUGACCAUCCAUCAUCAUUCCAUAUUAUCAGGAAAAGUGUAGCCAAUUCCCUGUCAUGUUCAGAGAAACACAGAUCCUUUCUCUUUGCAUUUUUAUGUUUUUAUCACACAUUGCUCACUUUACAUCACAUAAUUUAAUUUCAUUCCUAGUUUAAACAGACAGUCUGGCAUUGCAUUUUUUUGUCACAGUACCACAUUUGGACACAAAUCCCCCACAACACAGUGGGUAAUACACAAUCAUGGAGGGGAAACACAUGGAUGAGGUGACUUCCAGGUGAAGGAUGUGGGUAAAGAUAUUUGAAAUAUCUUUGUAAGAAACAAGGGCUUUGAAACCACGGUUUCCACAGAAUAUUUAGCAAUUCAUGUUCUGGGACUCAGAUUAAAAAGAGAUUUUAAAAGAAAGUGUAGGUCAAAACUUGGCAUGCUGUUUCUGUGGAAAUGCUGACAUUUCCAGACAGUUUCUUGUUCCGUUCUGUAUUGGAACAAUGCCUAAAAAAGUUCUACCUUUCCAGUGGAAAUGAAAUUCUGACAAUAUUUUGCUCUAGGAAGCUCAAAACAUUGUUUUUCACCUUUUCUAAAAUCAAAGGCAGCAGAGGCAUGGUCUUCUCAGGUAGCUGCCGUGUCUGAAGUGCAAUGGUGUCAGACAUGACUCCACAGCAUUUCCUGGAUGUUUCUACGAUGUGUGGAGCAUAAAAACUCCUCGGUCCCAUUCUUUUUUGGGCCUCCAGACUGGCCAUCAGCCCUGCUGUGCUGCAGGGCCAGGGAGCUGCAACCCUUGAACUGGAGUUGGGCAUCAGCUGCUGCCAGAGAACACAACCUGCGAGACUGACAAGAAGACUCCAGCCUGGGUAUGGCAAAAGUUUCCAGAAUUAAAAAUAUUUUCAUGAAACAUUUUGGCUUUGACAUAUGGCCAUGAAUCAAUCACCAGUUCCUGACUAGUUAUGAACCAUAUAGGUUUGGUGGGUAGUGAAGAACAUUAUGGGUCUUGGAUAGAAGUAGUGGCUCUUAUGCCAGUCACCAGUGGGAGAACAGGAUUCUAUCAGAGAGAUUAACCUGUGCAGGAAGUAAGAAUUAUCUUCAAAAAUCCUGAGAUGACCCUGUGGAUGUAUACAAGUCCAGGGAAUGUCACUGCUGGAAGUAUGAGUUUGCAACUCAUGUGCAACAGGAGAAGGACUGAAAAGCUGAAACAGAGCAGCCACACUAGAGUUUGGGUUAUUUAUGUUGGUUAGUCAUCUACAUCUUUUCACUGGUUUAGAUCUCACCCCCUUUUGAAAAUGGGUUUUGGACUCAUAAGUUAUCUGGGCACUUUUAAUAGUUUUAUCUCGAAUUAAUAACUCUUCCAAGAGUAACUCCAGUAUUUGCACAUUCCCUAUUUUAUAGUAGAUAUUAUUUAUCCCCACAUAUGUCAGUUCAGAAGGACAGACCUUUCAGGAAAAGAUGUGGCUUAUUAUACAGCAGUGAUGGAUGGUUUCUUUAUAGAAACCACUUGCAUGUGAGAGAACAACUGUUGUGUAUUAAAUACAUUCCCUGUAUUGUGCAUAGAGUUCAUACCUGUCAUUGAAGUAAAAAUCCAAAAGGGAGGGAAAGAGCAAGAAAGCUUAUAAAAGUACAUUACAUAUCCACACAAAUAUCAAACAGUACACCAUGAUUUUUGUUAUGACAGUGAGCAUCUAUGGAAGCCAUGAUGAUGCAGUGCUUGAGAAACUUGGCAAAUGCACUGGGGUGCCUGGGACGUUUUGUUCCUGUACUGAAGA